AUUUUAAAUGGUCUCCAUUUCAGACAAUGGCAAGGACAUUCCAUGAAUAUCCUUUUCUUCCAAACCAGUCUGGCAUUAGAUCUGAUGUUUUUGGACAACUGAACCUACCUCAUUUACAUGAUCCAAUUGAGGCUCCCUCCAGAACUCCUUUUCCCCUUGGAAAUGAACAGCAACCCAGAAUUCAUGCUCCCCAAGGUCAUUCUUCUCGUGUUCGUCUUUUGUCUCAACAGGAAAAGCAAGUGAUUCCCUAUCCAUCUCCUCCUCGAGAUAAUGAUGGAGAACCCAAAAGGGAACCUCACACAAACAUAACCAAUACUGGAAUGAACUCUCACUUUUCUGAUCACCCAAUUAUUGGACAAGAAAAUUCUUAUGCCUUACCUGGUGGCCAAGUUAACCAUAACGAUGCAAUAUUGAGGAUGGAGAGGAAACGGAAGAGUGAUGAAGCUAAAGUUGCUAAGGAAGUUGAAGCCUAUGAAAUGAGGAUGCGAAAAGAUCUUGAGAAGCAAGAUAACCUCAGACGAAAGAGUGAAGAGCGG